AUGGAGGAAGGGGUUUUGAGUUCUUUUUUGUCUAAAGCUGGUCAGGAACGGUUUCGGACUAUCACUACUGCUUACUAUCGUGGAGCCAUGGGUAUAUUGUUAAUGGUGUAUGAUGUUACUGAUGAAUCCUCCUUUAACAACAUUAUUCGUAACAUUGAGCAGCAUGCCUCAGACAAUGUCACCAAAAUACUUGUAGGGAACAAGCUGACAUGGAUGAAAAAGCAAGAGGGCUCAUCCUACUUCAAAGACUGCCCUUCGACGCUCAACCAGAUGCAGGAGCUGGAGGUAGUCAAGCUGCCCAGAGAUCAGCUUGCUGUGGUUCGUAAAAAUAGUUGGUUGGGUAUUACAGCUCCUGUUGCACUUGCUGGGCUCUAA